CACAGUUCUGACCUUUCGCAGCGCUUCCUGUCUGUCUCACCGUGUUUCGCUUCACAGUAUUGGGGGCUUUUAUCAGCGUGAAUUCAGAUUCCAGUCCAGUCAGAUCCAGAGGUCCUGCUGUUUCUAUGAUCCCUGGGUCACUUCACAGCAUCAAUGGCUGAUAAUGUGGAAAAUGCCGUCAAUAAUGUGUCAAAUGACGGGACGGAGGUCAGCCGGCACACUGAGACGACUCCCGGCCGUAACGAGGUGGAGCUGAACGGACAGCCGCCCACCGCACGGCCCCCGCAGGUGGUCACAGACAGCGAGGAGGACGAGGAUGAGGAGCUGACUCUCAAAUAUGGAGCCAAGCAUGUGAUCAUGCUGUUUAUUCCCGUCACGCUGUGUAUGGUGGUGGUUGUGGCCACGAUCAAAUCGGUCAGUUUCUACACGCAAAAGGACGGCCAGCAGCUGAUCUACACUCCGUUCCGUGAGGACACAGAGACGGUGGGUCAGCGCGCGCUCAACUCCAUGCUCAACGCCACCAUCAUGAUCAGUGUGAUUGUGGUCAUGACCCUGGUGCUGGUGGUGCUCUACAAGUACAGAUGCUACAAGGUGAUUCAAGCUUGGCUGUUCUUCUCCAACCUUCUCCUCCUCUUCUUUUUCUCCUUCAUUUAUUUGGGGGAAGUGUUCAAGACAUACAACGUGGCCAUGGACUACUUCACGUUAGCGUUGAUCAUCUGGAACUUCGGUGUGGUGGGAAUGAUCUGUAUCCACUGGAAGGGUCCGCUGCGGCUCCAGCAGGCCUAUCUGAUCAUGAUCAGCGCUCUCAUGGCCCUGGUCUUCAUCAAGUACCUGCCGGAGUGGACCGCCUGGCUCAUCCUCGCUUCUAUAUCUGUCUACGAUCUGUUGGCCGUGUUGUGCCCGAAAGGACCUCUGCGUAUCCUCGUGGAAACGGCUCAAGAGAGGAAUGAACCCAUCUUCCCUGCUCUCAUCUACUCCUCAACCAUGGUGUGGCUGUUUAAUAUGGCGGACAGCGCUGAGACCAGGAAUAAUUCCAGCCAUCCAGUUCCACAGGAGGAGAACCAGGUUGCCGUGGCACCCACGGCUCAGCCGGAGGAUGAUGGUGGCUUCACACCUGCGUGGGUCAAUCAGCAGCAGCAUCAGCUCGGCCCCAUGCAGUCCACUGAGGACAGCAGACGAGAAAUCCAGGAGUUGCCCUCCGCACGCCCGCCACCUGUGGAAGACGAUGAAGAGCGGGGUGUGAAGCUGGGUUUGGGAGAUUUCAUCUUUUACAGUAUGCUGGUGGGUAAAGCAUCAGCCACAGCCAGCGGUGACUGGAACACGACGCUAGCCUGCUUUGUGGCCAUUCUCAUCGGUUUAUGUCUAACUCUGCUCCUUCUGGCCAUCUUCAAAAAGGCCCUUCCAGCUCUCCCCAUCUCCAUAACCUUCGGCCUGGUCUUUUACUUUGCCACCGAUAACCUUGUGCGGCCGUUCAUGGAUCAGCUGGCUGUUCAUCAGUUCUACAUUUAGCACGGAGGAGAGGUCACUCCUCACGCACUCCACUUUACAGCUAAUUCCCAGAAUCCUCUUGCAGGGAACGUGAACCCUGCAGACUAGCACACCUUUCCUCUUCCUCUGGACACAUGACUGGAUUCGCUGUUUUUGGCAUUGAGUGACUCUAUUAAUUACAGUGCCUCUCCAGUGACUCAUCUGAUCCUGAUAUUGGCUUUGGUAACAUCUUCGGGCGAUAUGCUGAACAUUUGUUUGUUUGGAGAAAACACAGACCAUCUUACAUGUAAGAAUGGAUGAAAGUGAUUGACUUUAUCACUUCAUUCAAACUUUGAUGAACUCUGGUGUAUGGAAUGGGACCAGAGCUUGCUUUGUCCACCAGAGCUUGGAUUCACUUUCUAGGCAUUACAUUAAUUCCAGCUCCGAUAUAGUGAGCAUUAACCCAAAGCUCUCUGAAUGAUAUGGCUGCAAGCACAGAGGUAGGUACUGAUCACUUUUGUUGGUCUUCUGAGAGUGCCUGUGAUGCUUCGAGUUUUAAUUUUUAACACCAACCAUUUGACCAUAUUUGAGACGAUGUUCUGGGAUCCAAGCUACUGUUCUGCUCUCCUGAAAAGUGUGAGAGCGUCAUUUUGGAAUGUAUAAACUUUCUCUUUAAUUUCCCUCGUGUUUGGACAAGAUGUCAGGAGACUGUGUAAGAAUUGUUUGUUUGUUAGUUUUUUUUGUUUUGUUUUGUUUCUCUUUUUUAUUUACCAGCAAAAUGGUUGAUUGAAUGACUUUUACUUUCAUAUUAUCCACACCUUUUGUCAUUUCAAGAAAAUGCAAAUGUUUUGUAACUAAAUUGAAAGAUUCACAAAUAAAGGGGUUGCUCAUUUGAGCAAA